AUGGCUCUGCCGCUCUCCUGUUCUGCUUCUCCGACUUUCUUCUCCAAAUUCAAAGUGUAUCUGUGUUCAGGCCUCUGUACUUCCUGCCCGGUGGGGGCUGUGAGAAGGUGGCAGGACCCCAGGUGGGUGGGGGGGGGAAGCAGAUACCUCUCGCGUAGCCCCCCUCCUCACCCUGUUGUGCUCUCCGCCCGUCAGAAGUGCAACGACCCUGCGUGUCGCCUGAAGGACAGUCUUCACGCCCACCACCCCCGCGACUGCCUGUCGUACCUGCGCGACUGGCCGGUGAAGGCGCUGCAGGAGCUGCUGCAGAGACACCGGGUGAACUUUGAUACCGUCCCCCCUGCGGGGGCUGAGGCGACCCCUGGAGGGAACUGUCGUGUGAUGGAACAACGGGAGGAACAGGGGAAACUGAUUGAUGAGGCCUGCGGUAAAGAGGCCUGCCAGGGGCAUGCGGGGCUCUGCGAGUCCCACUAUAAGGAGUACCUGGUCAGCCGAAUCAAUGGGCACUCACUGGAUCCGGCUCUCCUCUACACGUUGGAGGAUAUGGAGGUGUUUCUGAAACGCUCGGGGAAACAGCAGGCAGCCCAGGCUCAGGGCGAGACCGAGGCCCAGUACAAGGCCCGCCUUCUCAAGGUGAUCACCACCAUCCCGCUGGGAGAUAAAGUGCCGCGGAUCCGGAAGUGACAACGAAUCCCAGGAUGCGGUUCCGUUUCGGGAUCUACUAGACUGGGGAAAAAACCUGUUGCCUGUUCUCCCCCUAACCCCUACUCCUCAACACCCCGUGCCACCCUUCGUCCCGCUCCCUCGCCGCUCCACACCCCCAAACGCCACACCCGCCCCCAGCAUCCCCCUCACCCGCACUCCAUCCCUCGCACCCUCAAGACAUCCUUCGCCACCCUGCACCACCCUUUGUCCCCCAUGACCCUCUCGCGCACACCAUGGCCCCCACAACCAUAUGUCCCUCUGCCCCCUCUCCCCCCUCUGCCCCCUCUCCCCCCUCUCCCCCCUCUGCCCCCUCUCCCGCCUCUGCCCCCUCUCCCCUCUCUCCCCUCUCUCCCCUCUCUCCCCCCUCUGCCCCCUCUCCCCCCUCUCCCCUCUCUCCCCCCUCGCCCCCCACGCUCCCCUCAUGCCCCUCAUACCUUCCUCAGCCCUUCACCUUCACUCCUAAAAGGCCAGUACACCCCCUGCAACCCCACCCCACCUGCUGACAUCACCCUCAGCCCUCCCCUGCUCCUUGCCCUGAACCUGCCCCCUCACCACAGACACCCUUCACCCUAAACCCUGAAUCUGCUCUCCCCUCGCCCCCGAGCGGAGGGGCAGAGUCGGGGGCGCGCCUCGCUCCGAGUGGAGGGGUGGGUGGGCUGGCGGGAACUCUC